AUGGCCCGUUACCCUGACUGCUCGAGAUCGCCCAUACAAGCCGCGCGUCGUUACUACCUCAAGCGCGACCUUCUACUAGGUUCUGUAAGCAUGCAGAAGCCGAAGGCUGGAAAGGGGGGUCGCAAGACUGGACGUACUGGGUAUGCGCGCCGCCAGUUACGCAAGAAAUUGUUGGUUUCCGGGGACAUCUGCGAAUACGAUCUCAAGUUGGUGAUGCGCCGCACCACCCUUGAUAGCGUUCGUACGCCAGCUAUCACGGCCAAUGAGUAUCGCAUAUGGGACGACUAUUCUCUCAAACACAAGGAGUGGGGCUCGGACAGGUACAAGUCGUUCUUGUUCGAGGAGAAAGAGCGCCUAGAGUUGGAAGCCUGCGCACUCCUCACUCGACGCAGUGCGUCCACGGGUUCAACGAACGAGGAGGGACCGGAGUCCGAACAGGCCACCCGCUCUUUCUACGCGCUGCGCAGGCUGGUGGCAAUCGUGCUGCAAGAACGAGACAUGCUUGACAUGACUUGGGCGCAGCUCCAGGGAGUGGGAUACGACGGCACGUUCAUCGCACUCGGUCGGUGCAUUGUCAAAUCAGCGUUUCGCGCAGAAGCAGGCUGGUAUACUGAGAAAGAGCUCUUGAGGUAUCGGGGGUUGGCUACAGAUACGGACUCCGACUUUGAUUCAGACCCGGACUCGUCUGAUGCGUGA